UCAUCUGAAGACGCGCUACGCUACAGACAACCACUCAACCUGAUCGAGCUCAUCUCACUGACUUCUGUAGAGGAGGGGUGAGACAUGUGAGUGCUGCUUGGAGUCUUUUUUUUUGGUACAGCUGUUUUUGUCAAUCUGAUUAUAAUACAACAACAAAAAGAGUAUUUUAAUAUAUUUAAGACUCUACUAAGAAGAACUUGAAAUGGUUUCCAGUUUUAAGUAAAAAUUGCCUUAUUCUUGGACGCAGUGGAUGAUAGGUGAACAACAAGAUAAUACAAUGGCUCAAAUGGACACUGAGUUUGGUGUGAAGGGCAGCAGCAUCAUCAGAGAAUGGAGUGGACAGGUCCAGCCUGCUCUGGUUGCCUCCUUUAUUUUCCUUUUCUGUCUGGAAGCCUGUCUGUGGGUCAGGAACCUGAGGCUGAAAAGAAGACUGCCAGGACCCUACGCCUGGCCUGUGGUCGGUAACGCCAUGCAGCUGGGCCAAAUGCCUCACAUUACCUUUGCCAAACUAGCCAAGAAAUAUGGCAACGUAUACCAGAUACGACUAGGUUGCAGCGAUGUUGUGGUUUUGAAUGGAGACAAGGCAAUACGUCAGGCUCUGGUCCAGCACAGCACAGAAUUUGCAGGCAGACCAAACUUUGUGUCUUUUCAGACUGUCUCAGGGGGAAAAAGUAUGACUUUCACCAAUUACAGCAAACAGUGGAAGAUGCACAGGAAGAUUGCUCAAUCAACAAUCAGAGCAUUUUCAUCUGCCAACAGUCAGACCAAAAAAGCCUUUGAGCAGCAAAUUGUGGCUGAAGCCACAGAGCUAGUUGAGAUUUUCCUUAAACUCAGUGCUCAGGGCCAGUAUUUCAACCCUGCCCAUGAGCUGACAGUAGCUGCAGCUAAUGUGAUUUGUGCCUUGUGCUUUGGAAAACGUUAUGGACAUGAUGAGGUUGAGUUUAGAGCUAUGUUACAGAGGGUGGAUGAGUUUGGACAGACAAUCGGGGCUGGCAGCUUGGUAGACGUAAUGCCAUGGCUUCAGUCUUUCCCAAAUCCAGUCCGCAGUGUCUUCAAGAACUUUAAAUCCCUGAACAAAGAGUUCUUUGGGUUUGUCCAGAGUAAGGUGGAAGAGCACAGAAAGACCUUUGAUCCAGAGGUGACAAGGGAUAUGAGUGAUGCCAUUAUUGGUGUAAUUGAUAAGGCUGACAAUGACAAUGGACUCACCAAAGGCCACACGGAGGGAACGGUGUCAGAUCUGAUUGGUGCAGGUCUGGAUACUGUUUCCACUGCUCUUCACUGGAUUAUCCUUCUUUUGGCAAAAUACCCUGAACUCCAAACAAAACUCCACAUGCUCAUUGACAAGGUGGUGGGGCGAAACAGGCUGCCAUCUGUGGAGGACAGAAGUUGCCUGGCCUACCUGGAUGCCUUCAUAUAUGAAACAAUGAGAUUCACCAGCUUUGUGCCUGUCACCAUCCCUCAUUCCACAACCUCAGACGUCAUUAUCGAAGGUCUCCACAUCCCCAAAGACAUGGUGGUCUUCAUCAAUCAGUGGUCCAUCAAUCAUGACCCCCUGAAGUGGAAGGAUCCACAUAUCUUUGACCCCUCGCGCUUCCUAGAUGAAAAUGGCUCCCUGGACAAAGAUCUCACCAACAAUGUUAUGAUCUUUUCAGCAGGGAAGAGAAGAUGUAUUGGGGACCAGAUUGCCAAAGUAGAGAUAUUUUUGUUCUUUGCAAUUCUUCUUCACCAAUGUAGCUUUGAGAAAUGCCCCGAUGAGGAUCUGUCUCUAAACUGCUCCUAUGGUUUAACACUGAAACCUUUAGAUUACAAGAUCACUGCCAAACUCAGGGGAGAAUUAACUAAAGUCCAAUAAAACUCCAACAGCAAUGUUAUAUAAGGUAUGUAUUCUAAAAUAAAUAUUCAUGUCUUGCAUCACAGAGAUUUUUUGUGUAACAAGCUGUUAUUGACUUCAAAAAUGCAUUGCUCAGUUAGGAUCAAAUGAUAAGCUUUCUUAUUUCUUCUGACAUUUAAAAUUCUAACUGAAUUCACUGUCACAAAGUAUGUCAGUUCCUGUAUAAAAAGUACCCUGUAAGGCAUGUGAGUCUUAUCCAAACUGUUAAAGCAAUUUUACUCUCAUAAUUUGUGACUGCAAGAGAAAACCUAAAUAUAUAUGUACUGGCUGUGCUACAUUAUGUGACAAACAGAAAAAAUGUUAUGAAAACUUUGAUGUGGUGGCCAAAAACCACAGCUCAUAAUAAACCUUAAGUAUGUAUUGUUAUUUAUAUGAGGUUAUUUGGUGGAGUAACCCUAAAUUGCAAUAUAAACUGAUGAUGAUGAAUAGAUUUCACUUCAGUGCUUUUUUUGCUGACGGAGAGAAAUUAUGUGCCAGCUGUUAAGUCUCAAUUGAACAAUUAUUCAUCCAGAAACUCAAUUAUCUUUGUAUGUACUGAACCUUUCAUGUUUAAGCUAAAUACAAAUACGGUGUGCAAAUAAAUUGUGCGUAAUUCUGAUAAUAACUCAAGUCAUAUGUCUAAAAAGCCACUAAUUUCAAUUGUUGGUUAAACUGUCUUAUUUCUUUACUGCACAUAUACAUCAUUCUAUAAAAUGGCUUUUGAUGAAAACCACAUUGUCUGAGCAGUGAGCUGUAUAGAAUAGAUAAAUAAUGUUUCCAUAAUGAACAUGACAGUCCUGUGUAAUAUGUGUACUCUACAGUGUGACUAAAGCUUUAAAUGGACAAUAAAUAUUUUUUCUGAU